AUGCCACCACCUUCACACCACAGAGCAGACAUUGAGCCCCCGGCGGAGCUUACUACGGAAGCCGCGAAGGGGUUCAUGACGGGCGUGUUCCGCGUACCUACCUCUAAAUUCCUGCUCACAUUUGACGUACAGUUCGGUUCCGUCUCCAUCCUGGCCCAUAUGAUCAUGAUCCUCCCCCAUCCUUUCACCUUCUCCGCACCAACUCCACCCACCACCGCGGCGGCUGAAUCGCAGCCCCGUCCGCGCCCGUCCGCGUUCUCCCGGGAAUAUCUCCGCUCUCGCCUGUUCUACAGACCCCUUGAGGGCUUCUCGGAGUGGAUCUCACCGACUUCCCGCGUGUACCGCGGUCUCACACCGCAGUUCAAGGUCUUUCUGCAGAUCGCCGUGAUGACCCUAGGGGGCUGCAUCUGGGCCGAGCGACGUGUGACCGAGUAUAUCGAGAUUGUGCGGCGGAUCAAGCGCGCAGAGCGACUGCAGGCGGAGCGGGCGCAGGGCUCUCGUCCGUAG